UCGAGAGAGUACCCACGCCGGUUUGUGGAUGACUACUUGCGGGUGAUUGUAGCUGCAUCUAAAGGUGACAAGCCGGGCAUCUUGGAGUACUCAAGACGGCUGGGCUUUCUAACGGGCUACGAAACGAAAGUGGGUCCCUACCACUUGUUCUCAGCUGAUAUUGCGAAGCUUAAAGUCUUCUUGGACGCUCACGUGGAGGCAGUGAGUGUGUUAGGCGAGGCCUUUGCCUCUAAGGCACCUUUUGAUUUCGGAAAGCAAUCAACUACCUAUCGCGUUAAUCGCAUAAUUCCUGUAAUGCUGGAACACCGUCUCACUCCACCACCGGCGGAGACCUACUCUCUCCACCGCAAGAUGUCUGGAUGUUUUCUGCUUUGCGGCAAACUGGGUGCUGUGGUUGAUUGUCGAAAGCUUUUUUUAGAAAUAGCGGACAACUACGCCUUUGGACUGGAGAAGACCCCAGAUUUAGGUUAA